AUGUCCCGAUCAUUCGACACGCGCCCGCCACCGGGCCUAUCGCACAACUUGGUCCGCGGAUUGAUCGUCGUCGGUGCCUGUUAUCACGACACAAUCUACACUGUACCGCAAUAUCCAGAAGAGGACGGAAAGUUACGGGCAUCUUCAGUCGAACGUCGAGCCGGAGGCAAUGGAACGAACACUCUCAGAGUCCUGACACAGCUUCUCCACCAUCCAGCUUCGAGGAUCCGUGUCCAAACACUCCACAUGCUGUCAGUUGUGCCCAGGCAAAGCUGGGUUGUGGAACUAGCGAGGUCGUUGGCACCCUGGGUCGACAUGAUGCGAAGCAUUACCCGUGAGCAGGAAGACGGAGAGUCACACAGCAUUGUGAUCAGAAGCCAGGCUACUGGUACAAGGACUAUCGUCAAUCAUCGCAACCUUGACGAGAUGACGGUUGACGAGUUCGCCAGAUGUGUGGAUGACAUCUUCACUGUCAUUCCUCCUGGGCCUAAUCCCCCAUACUAUGGAAAUGCAUGGCAUGUGCACUUUGAGGGUCGUAUUCCCGAUGUAACCCUCCAGUACAUCCAACACUUGCGAAGCAGCUACGCACGGGAAAUGAUCACCACAAGCGUCGAGGUCGAGAAACCCAAGCGUCCAGGCCUUGCCGAGCUCGCCGACAUCGUUGACGUCGUCUUCUACAGCCGCAGCUGGGCAGUCGCCGAAGGCUACAGGUCUGCACGGGAGUGUCUCGAAGCCGUUGCGCCGACUGUGGAAGCUCAGACACUGUUCUGCACUUGGGGCGGUGAGGCGAGCGCCAUGCUUGCAAAAGGCCUAGGACAAGUGGUCACGGUUACACCUAAGCCUAUCGAAGAGAACGGAAUCGUCGACGCUGUGGGUGCGGGAGACACGUUCAAUGCUGGCAUACUGUACAUGCUCUUGGACAGUUCGCCAAUCACCUCUGUCAGUCGGUGUGAAGAGAUGCUGAAGUUCGCUAAUCGGCUUGCCUGGCUAAAGCUCCACAAAGACGGAUUCGUUGGUCUGGGGGACUUGGUUUUCGAGGAUAAUGGCCACACCAACGGCCACACCAAUGGCACUGGUCACACUGGCACCAACGGUCAGAUUGGUACCGACGGCCACACUGGCGUCAUCGGCCAUACCAACGGCAAUACCAGUGAUGACCCUUACGACGGCCAGUAG